AAGGAAAAUUGCUUUAACAGCUGUCUCUGUUUACAUCAUCAACAUUUUCGCCGGAAAAUUUUAAUUUUUCUUCCAAAAAUGCCUUUUCGUGGCUUGACAAACAAAAUAAAGCAAGCAUUUCAGCCACGAACGAUCCUCCCUCCGUAUUCACAUGCAGUACAAAUUGGAGAUCCAAUUGUUCGCACAAAAUGUGAAAAAAUCCCUCCCGAAACGAUAAAAACGCCCGAAGUUCAAACACUUAUCAAGCACAUGAUUUCCGUAAUGCGUCAAUUUAACGCCGUUGGUCUCGCCUGCAAUCAAAUCGGGAUGCCAUACCAAAUUUUCACGAUGGAAUUCACAGAAGCCCAUGCGAAAAAAUUCAAACCCGAAGUCUUCAAGAGACGCGAAAUGAAAAUUUUGCCUCUUACGGUAAUCGUCAAUCCCGUUCUUAAUGUCACGAAUUACGACAAAAUCAAAGAUGUCGAGUCUUGUUUGUCCGUUCGAGGAUAUUCAGCUGAAGUUGUGAGACAUAAAGCAGUUUCCGUCGAAGGUUAUGAUGAACAUGGCGAUGCAAAAAAAUGGGAUUUUGAGGGAUGGAAUGCGAGAAUUGCGCAACACGAGAUCGAUCAUUUGAAUGGAAUUCCAUUUACAGAUCGGAUGGACCCGAAAACUUUCAGUUGUACGUUAUGGCAAACGGUGAACGAGAAACGGGGGAGGAUUGAAAUGCCUUUUUAUGCGAAAUGAGAAUAAAAGUUUAUGAGAAAUUUAUUGAAAAGUUGAAGUUUUGAGUCUAAAUUUUUGAAAAUUUUCUUUAAAAUUGAAUUUUUAA